UCCAUUAAAAACAGGAACAAAAUGUGGGACUGUAAUAGUGUGACCUCGUGCAAAGCAGUCUAAGUAGAGUAAAGCGGAAUGCCGAGUCACGUUUUAAUACGAUCUUUGACCUCAUCGAUUAUAUUAUAGGUUAUUAACGAUCAUCUCUAUUAAUUCUAUUGUUGUGAGGAUUAGUUUAAUAGAAUGGAAAUUCUUUUAUUGAAUUAUUUUGAAUAAGUUGAACUCUUUAUUGUUUAUGAUGUGAUGUUUAUCACUAAGCGUGUUCUUUGCUCGCUUGUGGCACAAUUUGGAGCACUUCAGUUACAAGAUAUAAAAUUCACUCGGACCUUCUAAUUAAGGCGGAUUAAGGCAUUUUUAGGAACUAACACCAAACGCAUAUGCGUCCUGAGUUUUGCAACUGAAUGCAGAGUUGCAAAGAAUGGGGACACCAAGAACUUAUAGGUCGCAUGAUGGCAUUUUUACAGCAUUCCUCAAGUGUACUAAACGUGGGUUACUCAGAAGUCACCGUCCAUCAGAUAUGAGAAACGAAUCUGUCCCUUCCGAAUUCCAUCAUCUAAAUGGAGAUGCUACUACUAAAAAUCAUAAACAAGAUGGAAAAGAUGCUUCUCCUGGAAAUAUCGGAAAAAAAAUGGAAAAUGAAGUACAGUCAACGGAAGAUCGUUCGAAUGUUAUUAAAAGGUUGGAAGAAAGAGAAAGAGAAAUCAUGCGGUUAAAGGAAGAGUUGGGAAGGCAAGAAUUGGAGUUGAAUAAUCAAAAGGAUCAAUAUAGCGAUGCACUUAAAGAUUUGUCGCUGGCGACAAAAGCUAAAAAUAAUAUGUGCAUUCAGUUGGUAGAACAAGAGAAAAGAGUGGCCAGAUUAGAGCAAUGUUUAUCCUUACCCGUAGCCACCAGGUUACAGCAAAGACAAGAACUUCAAGUAGUUCGAGAAGCGAUAGAUAGCUUACGUUUGUGUUUUCCUUCCAAUGAUCCGCAUCAGCAUACUUUAGAUACUAUCGAACAAAGUAUUGCCACGUUAUGCGAAAGGGUAAAUGCUAUCGAAGCUUUUAAGUGUGAUACCUCUAGCAUUCCUCCAAUAGAUGAAGCUAGUGGGUUUUCCAGUCCUGCAGAACAAUCAUUCACCGAGAGCACAUGGCACCAACCAGUACCCCAAUUAAGAGCUACGAAUCCUUCUUAUUACAGAAGUCAUAGAGAAUCGAAACAUCCUACAAAAGUUUUAUAUUUUAUGUCUAGAUCGACUACUCCUUUCCAGUGCAGUAUUCAUAAAAGGUUAGGUGAAAUUACUUUAAGGGAUUUUAAAACUCUUUUCGAUCGUCCCGGGCAAUAUCGUUUCCAUUUUAAAUCGUUAGAUCCAAUUUACGGUGCUGUUAAAGAAGAAAUCGUUCAAGAUGAUGAUGUUUUACCAAGUUGGGAUGGAAAAAUUAUAGCUUGGGUUGAAGAAGAAAACGGGUAAAAUAAUAAAUAAAUAAAUAAAACAUUUAUCUGUAGAA